GCAGUUUCCUAACCUAGUCAGUUAAAUGAGUCCCCAAUACAGCUAACAGUGUUACUAUGUAGUACACGACGCAAAAAUUCCCAUUAUCCCAAUCCAGUCAUAUCAUCAAGCCCUAUAAGUAGUACAGUGAGUAAGGACAAUGAUUGCUUAGGAAUGGGACCUUUCAGAGGCUGCCUUUAGUAUUUAUAAAGAGUCUACCUCCGGUAUCAUCAUACUAACUCCCCUGAAGAUUAGUUAGUCUAACAUAAACCAGCCAGUAACAAUUUAGAUCGACAAAGCAUCAAGACUCCAGACGAAAGAUGGCCAAAUCCAGAUCUUCGAGCUCUUCUAGCAGCAGUUCUUCUAGCAGCAACUCAUCUGGCCUUAAAAAGUCUCGCACGGAACAAGCAGCGAGCGAUGGAGAGCACCAGAACGCACCCAAAUAUUCGGCUUCUGAUGUCGUAGCCCAGCUCUCAUCUCUAUGGCGCCACAUGCGGCGAGAUUCCUCGUUCGGGCCCGAUGUCAACGAUGGGGGCGAGGGAGGUGCCGAGCAGAGCAACGGUAUUCUUCGUAUGCCCUUGUUUCGAGGCCGCUGGCAGUCUACUAAAUCUGCAAAGAAGGUUCCGACCUCGCGAACCCCUAGUUCGGAACCUCUAUUGCGGUGCGAUACUAAUAUGCCCGAAGCUCACCAGAGUUAUCUGUCAACGGCACCGCGAACUGACGAGGAACAAUCAUCAUCGAAGACUUGCAAGAGACGCUUGCGGAACUGCUGGGGUGCUCUGCUAGUGUACCUACGACUUCGAGACGCAUAAUAUGGUAGUCUGCCUGUCAGUCAGUUUGUCUAUAAGAGGAGGUCUGUGCACUAGCUUGACAACUAGGUUAGAAGAGUUUGGUGAGGUCGUAUUUGCGACGAGGACAUUUCUAAUAAAUAUUAGUUUCAU